UGUGUGUGUGUGUGUGUGUGUUUGUGGGAGAGAUACCAAGAGACACAGAGAGAGAGACACAGAGAGAGAGAGCAACUGUUAUGAUUACCCGGAAAAGCCUGUUUCAUGUCUGUCACUACUAUCACGCCUUCAUUUGUGUGUUUCCAUCUCAUCUCACUGACUGCUCUCCAGACCUCUGUUCCAUCUUCACUCAGUAAGUCCAUACAUUUCAAUGCAUGUAGUUUAACAUUACAAAUAGAAGCCAUGAAGAUUGCUUCUUUCAAUGUUCAGCGAUUUGGAGUGAAAAAAGUGUCCGACCCAGAAGUCUUGUCUACACUUGUGAGGAUUGUGUCUCGGUAUGACAUCAUCCUGAUUUUGGAGGUGACAGAUGUGAGUGGGGAUUCCGUGGAAAUAUUUCUGAAAGAGCUGAAUAGGGUAAACACAGAGCACCACUACACUCUGAAGCUUAGUACCCGUCUGGGCAGGACACGAUACAAGGAGCAGUUCCUCUUCCUCUUUAGGGAUGAUUUGGUAGAUUUGGUGGGGUCUUAUCAGUACGAGGAUUCCCAGGAGGGAGACCACGAUGCUUUUGCUCGGGAGCCUUACAUACUGCGCUUUACAUCACAUCACACAGUUUUGAAGGACUUGGUUCUAAUGCCGGUCCACACUAAGCCAGACGAUUCACUCAAAGAGCUCGAUGAACUCUAUGAGGUGUUCUUGGCUGUCCGAAGGAAGUGGAAAACAGAUAAUGUUAUGAUUCUAGGGGACUUCAAUGCGGAUGGAAGUUAUGUGUCGGAGAGAGACUUCCACAACAUUCGCAUCCGGAGUGAUAAGAACUUCCAUUGGCUGAUUGGAGAUGAUGUGGACACCACUGCCAACACAGGAAAUACGCACACAUAUGACCGGAUUGUGGUGUAUGGGCAGGACAUGCUGGAGUCUGUGGUCCCUGGAUCUGCUCGUUCAUUCAACUUCCACACUGCAUUCAACCUGACAGAGGACAUGGCGCUGAGAGUGAGCGAUCAUUACCCUGUUGAGGUGGUGUUGCGCUGUGAGAAGAGUUGUCCUGGGCACACUGGAUGGAAUGUCUUCCCCAGAAGCCAAGUGCCAGGUCAUGAUGCUCUUCAGCCACGAGGCUUUGGUGGUUCCCAGGAACCAAUUCCUGAAAGCGAACUGCCACCCCUUGAGCCACUCCCACAAGGCCCUAUGUCAAUGAGCAACCAACCAUCUCGUGGCUCGGUCUUUGGAGGCAACCAGUCACCAUAUCCAAGCAUUAGGAGCGACCUGCGACCCGGCCCGCAACCAUACAGUCCCGCUAUACAGGAUGGAAAUAUGCCGUAUGGUCCAAGCACAGGGGGCAACCAGCCAGGCAUCAUUACACCAAGACAUGGUGUCUAUGAAGUACUACCGUUUCAAGGAGCUCCCGUGGUGAUCUUCCCCCCGGUAGUGGAGCACCUGAUGGUGGAGGUGCUGGGGCUGCAGAGGGACAACUUGCACCUGGAGCGAGAGAAGCUCGGCCUGGAGAUCCAGAUGCUGAGACGCAACCUGGCCAGAGCUGACAGAGAGUGACACCCAGCUGUGUGGCUCUUGAGAAGGCAGCUAUUGUUAGAUUAGCAUGUAAAAGAAAGACACAAGGAAUCUUGUGUACUGUGUACAUACGUGUGUGUGUGUGUGUGCGUGUGCGUCCUUGUGUGUGUGUGUGUAUGUGUGUGUGUGUGUGUGUGUGUGUGUGUGUGUGUUCAAUAUAAAUAGUUUACCGUUUCAAUGCUAAUGAUUUGUAUUUCUUCAUUCAGAAAACCACAGGGCCAUUUUAUUCUGUUGUUGAUGUAGGCCUACAGUAUGUGCCAUAUUCAAUGUUUUCCAGUUCAAGUUCACUUACAUCAUUAAAAGCACAUUGGACAUGUGAUUUCCAUGUUAAGCAUAAAGUGACUUAAUCUAACUUAAAUAAACAAUGGCAACAGACCACCAACUGA